AUGUCGCCUUCAACUGAAGAUGCUGCGUCGCCUUACGCUGCCCAAUGGACAAACUGUGGAUCUUCUCCUACAGAGGCACGGAAACGAGGGUGCAAAUUUGACAUUUUAAGCUUCGCAUGGCAACUUCCAGAGUGCUAUGAUGAUAAGAUAAUGGAAGACUUCUUGGCGGAGAAGGAAUGGGAAUUCUUCAAGUUUCCCAACAAGACGUCUCCAGUGACCAAAGAAACAGCUCUUACAGGAGAGCACACUCUGUUCGUUACAACCGAGUAUCAUCGUGUGCAUUGCAUGUAUAUGUGGCGACAGAUGCACCGAGCUUUUACCGUCAGAAAGUACAUUGACAGUCACUUGAACGACUGGCACCAUACCUUACACUGUCAUAAAGUUAUGCUGGGCGAACAAUUGCCCCCAGAGUCGAUUGGGGCAGCUGGGCAAGUCAAGUAUCCAGAGUGCUCUCCGGCCUUGUAG